AUGCAGGUCCCGCUGCUUCUGCUGCUCGCAGCUUCUGCUGCUGCGCGUGACGUCCACGCGUCGCUCUCCACGUCCCCAGUCCCUGCUUUCGACUCUCCAUUGCGUCGCGAGCGCUGCGCGACACUCGGAUUCGAUGUCGACGCUUUGGACUGUUGCCUCUGCCGUGAGCUAUCGACGUUUUUGACCUCGUCGAGCGCGUCAAAAAAAAAGCUUUUUGACACGGUCGGUCAAGAAUGUCAAGAAUGCUGCUCGGACUUUUCCAAGGGGCUCGACGCCAAAGGCCAACGCUAUGCGAACGUGGUCCUGGCGCUCAGUCCACGACGCUGGAGACGGUACCCGAAAGUCGCGCACUUUGUCGAGCACGAAGCUGCCAAGUUGACGCGACUGGAAGUGCGGGAGGUGGAGACGCGGCUGCCCAUGCUGCAGUUUUUUGACAAGGACCAGCUGGUCGAGGAGAUCAGCAUUGCCCACUGGGAUGAAAAGUCCAUUGCCGAGUUUAUUGACAACAAACUGUUGCCUGAGGAAGACGAAAACGAAGAAGACGAGCAGGCGAGAGUGGCGGUGGUGGAGAAGGAAGUGGAUGCAGUGAACGUGUGA